AUGAUCGAUCCAUCAAUAUCAACAACAACAACAACAACAAAUUUAAUGACUAUGGAUCCUGUUCAAUUUAUGCAAACAUUAAGUGAUAAUAAUAAUAAUAAUAAUAAUGCAGAUCAAAAACAACAACAACCAUCUAAUUCAACAACAUCAAUGAUUUUACAAACACAAGAAAUAUCAAAUAGACAACAAUUUAUUCCAACACAAAUGUUAGAUAAUAAUAAUAAUACAAAUUAUAAUUGGCUCAAACAAACAAAUACAUUAGAUUCAAUAAAUACAUUUAUGUUACCAACAUUAUCAACACAAACUAAGAAAACAACUUCAUUAAUUGUUGAUGUUGAUAAUACAAAUAAAAAACCUAAAAUAAAUAUACAAAGUCAAAUAAUUGAUGAAGAAGAUGAUGAUAUUUUUAGACUUAAAAGAAGAUUUCUUAAAGAUUCUGGACAAUUACAUGUAGCUACACAUGUGUUAUGUAUUGAUUGUUCAUAUAUACAAAAUUUUGUUUUAUUUUCAGCUGCUUAUUUUGCUCGAAGACAAAAUGAAAAAAAAGAAACAGAAAAACAAUAUUUAAAUGAAAUUAAAUUAAAACAAGAAAAUCAAGUUGAAAAAUAUCGUACAUAUCGUAUAGGUGAAUUACCUGAUAUACAAAUACGUUAUAGUGAUAUCAUAAUACCUCUUCAAGCAUUAGCUCAAUAUGAUAAUCAUAUAGCACGUUUAUUAUAUGCAAGUUUAUUUACAUCAAUAUUAAAUUCUCUUGAAGAUAAAUUAUUACCUGAUGAAUAUUAUAAUUUAAUUCAUACAAUUCAACAUCGUUUUGAUGUUAUGUUAUCACAAUCUGAAAUAUUUUAUCCAUCAUUUGUUGCUGCUUUACUUGAUAUUGUUUUAUCUAAACCUGAACAAAUGCAAAUAUCAGCACAAUAUAUAAGUGCAUCAACAGUAGCAAGUCAUUUAGAAUCAGUUGGUAUAUUAACAAUUGAAUGUUUUAUACGUUUAAAUCAACAAAAUGAAUAUAAACAAUCUUUAAAUGGACCAUUAAAAAAAAAAUUAAAAUCUGAUCCAGAUUUAAAUAAUCAAUUAUAUAAAAAAAUUGAUCAAUGGCUUGAAUUAGCUAAAUGUUAUCGUUCAUUAGCUAAUUAUGAUGAUGUACGUGGUAUUUUUUCUCAAACACCUGGUUUAAAAUCCAUAACAUUACGUGCUAUUGAAGAAGAAAGUCAUACAGAUUUUUUAUUAGCUUUAAAUAGUUAUGUUACAGCAUUAGAACAAUAUCCAUUAAAAGAUGAAACAUCAAAUGAUCCAAUAUUAGAAUUAGAACAUGAAUUUUGGACACAAUCUAUGUUAAAUUGUUGUAAUCAAUUAAAUAAUUGGACAAUUAUGUCUAAACAUAUAUUUAUUGAAGAUACAACAUUUGAUACAUUAUGGUCAAAUGCACAUCAAUUAAAUUAUUUAAUGCCAUAUGCUAUACGUGCUAAACUUAAAUUACUUAUAUCAGGUAAUGAAAAAGAACAAUUAGAACAAAAUGAUCUUUGUCAAUUUUUUAAUAAUUUAUCAACAAAUGCAAAUAAUACAAUUGUAACGGGAAAUUCUGAAACAACAUUUGUUAAACGUUCAUAUAUUGAAAAACAAUAUCCAUUUGAAUUAGCAACAUUUUUUCUUUAUCAAAAAGAUUUUGAUCGUGCAAAAUAUUAUAUUCAAUAUACCAAAGAACAAUUUUUACUUCGUUGGUCAACAUUAAGUCGUUUAAGUGAAUAUGGUCGUAAAACAACAAUUCAAUUAAUUCAACCGUAUUAUGAACUUGAUCAAUUUCUUAUUUUUAUUGAACAAAAUUUACCAUUAUUAAAAUCUCUUGAAAAUCGUUAUUUAACAAAUAAUAAAAAUGAUACAACAACACGAGAUUUAUUUCUCGAACAUGUACAUAAUGAUUUAUUAUCACAAUGGCAAUUACCAGAUGUUAUACGUAGUUCAAUACAAACAUGGGAUGAUAUUGUUACGAAUCGAUCAUUAUUUUUAGAUAUUCUUGAUGAAUUAAUUGGUGGACCACGAAUGACAUUUACAAGUCGUUUAAAAGCAACUGAAUUUGAUCCAUUAUUAGUUGAUUAUAAAGUUCAAUCAUUACUUGAUAUGUCAUAUUGUGCAUUACGACAACGUAAUUUUAAAUUAGCUUUAACAAAAUUAAAUGAAACACGUCAUCGUCUUGAUUUAUGUCAAAAUCCAUUAAUAAAAUCAAUAUAUUGGAAUGAAAUAUAUUGUGAUGUACAUUUAAAACGUCAUCAAAUUCAAUCAUCAACAUCAACAUUAUCAAGUUUAUUAUCAACAAGUGUUGCAAAAGAAUUAAAAAAAAUGGAAACUAAAAUUCAAUCAUUAAAAAUUAUUGAUCAACAAACAGCACAAUUAAAUUCAAAUUAUAUACAAUUAAAUUCACAAUUUUGUCGAACAGUUAUUGAUUUUCUACUUGCACAACCAUUAGGUUAUCAUAAUUAUGAACAAGAUGAAAAAAUUCCACAAGCUAAACAUAAACAAUUAGAAAUGUAUUUAUAUGGAUUAGAAAAUAAUAAUAAUCAAAUUCAACAAGCUGAUCUAUUAAUUUAUGAAUUAUUUAAUAAAUGUGUACAUAUACUAAAAGAUAAUAUCGAAAAACAAGAAACGGAUUUACAAAAUCUUUCAACAUCUAUUCGUGUAGCAAAAGAAAAUAUUCUUAGUCGUGAUUAUAAUGAAUUAGCAAGUAUUUGUGAUGAUUAUUUACGUCGAUAUGAAAAUAAUGAAGAUGAAAAUAAUUUAUUAACGAAUUUAUUUACUGGUGAUCAUGGAAAUAAUAUAGCUGAAUUAGUUGUUAAAUCUGUUUUAUUAUCAAUGAAAUAUGGUUCAAAUGAAGGUGUUAAACGUUUUUCACGUUUAUUACAAAUUGUUGAUUUAUAUCCAAAAACAAUGGAUUUAUUUGCUGAUAAAUUACAAGAAAUUCCUUGUUGGAUGUUUUUUGAUUGUUUAUAUCAAAUAACUGCACAUUUAGAUAAACCUAUUGCUCUUAAAUUAUAUCCAGUAAUUGAACAAAUUGUAAAACUAUAUCCUCAAUCAAUAGUUUAUCCAUUUAAAUUAAGUUAUGAAACAUUACAAUAUUCAAUAACUGAUCCAAUAUUAAAACAUAAUCUUGAAUUAAUUCAACAACAAUUAGAUCGUUAUACACCACUUGUUAAUGAAUUUAUUGAAGCAUUAAAUCAAUUAAAUCCUCAACAACAAUUUGAUAUAUGGUCAAAAGAAUUAUUUCAUUUAUUAACAAAUGAUUCAGCUACAAGAGAUAUUGAUAAACUUAAAGCACAUUUUAUUAAAUUUAAAGAAAUACUUUUCUCUGAUAUAAUUAAUCUUGAUGAAACAAAUGAUGGACAAAUUAUAUUACCAAAUACACAAGAUAAUAAUGAAUUAGAUAAUAAUAAUUCAUCAUCGAAACCAAAAAUAACAUCAAUAAGAAUAUUAUUUAAAAAUGCUGUUGAAAAAGAACUUAAUGAUUUAUUUGGUAAAGAUGGUGAAUUAUUUUCAACAAUAUCAUUAGGUGAUGCACGUUUAACAUUAGGUAAUAUAUCAUUAAAAUUAAAAACUAUUAUACAAGAUAAAACAAAUAUAAAUGAUUAUUCAACAUGGUUUUCAUCAACAUUUCGACAACAAAAUCGUAUAUUAGAUAAAUCAUCAAUACGUGAAUUAGAAAUACCUGGACAAUAUACAAGUAAAAAAAAACCAUUAAUUGAACAUCAUAUUAAAAUAGUUGGUUUUGAUGAAAAACUUUUGGUACUUCAUUCAUUACGAUUACCAAAACGUAUAACAAUACGUGGACAUGAUGAAAAUGAUUAUAGAUUUUUAGUUAAAGCUGGAGAAGAUAUACGACAAGAUCAACGUAUUGAAGCAUUAUUUUCAAUUAUGAAUGAUCUUUAUGAUAAUGAUCCAAAUUGUAAUCAAUCAAAUUCAGCUCAUAUUGCUGUACGAACUUAUAAAGUUAUUCCAAUGUCAUCAAAAUUGGGUAUGAUUGAAUGGCUUGAUAAUACACGUCCAUUAAAGGAUCUUAUUGAAGAAUCAUAUACCGAUAGUGAACUUGAUAUAAUAACAAAUCAAGGUCAACAUCCAAGAAAACUUUAUCAAGAUUACGUAACAAAUACAUAUCAAAAAGCUAAACCAACAGCUAAAACAGCUAAUAAUACAGUUAUGUAUGCUGAAUUGUUUCUUAGUUUAACUAAAGCUCAAGUUCAAGAAGAAUUUAAUCAUAUACAAUCCGUUAUACCUGCUGAUUUACUUCGACGUGCUUAUUAUAAAAUAGCUAAUUCUCAUGAAGGUUUUUAUACAUUACGUCGACAAUUUAUAACAAGUUAUGCUGUUUUAUGUACAAGUCAAUAUAUACUUGGUAUUGGUGAUCGACAUCAAUCGAAUUUUCUUAUUGAUACAUCAUCUGGCCAAGUAAUUGGUAUUGAUUUUGGUUCAGCAUUUAAUGCAGCGACGAUUCAUUUACCUGUACCAGAAUUAAUACCAAUUCGUUUAACUCGACAACUUACACAAUUAAUGUCACCUAUUGGUACAGCUGGUUUAUUUCGUGCAACAAUGAUUCAUACAAUGAAUGCAUUACGUGAAAAUUCUGAUUUAUUACUUAGUACAAUGGAUGUAUUUAUUAAAGAACCAUUAAUGGAAUGGAUGGAACAUGCACUUAAAACAAGUAAACAAGUAGCACAAAGUGAAACAAAUAUACUUCGUUCGGAUGAUACAUAUGCAAAAGAUCGAAUUAAAAGUGCACGAUUAAAACUUAAUGGAAUUAAUCCAGCUGUUAUAAUCGGAUCUGAUUUGAAAUUAAAUAGUUUUCUUCGUUCAUCAAAUUUAAAAGAAGCACGUCGUCAAAUGGAAAAAGUUGUUGGUGGCGAUCAAAUAGAUAGUAAACGUGCACAAAUUUUAUUAAAAUAUAAUUCAAAUCGUUAUCAUAAAUUAACUGUUGAUGAACAAAUUGAUUGUAUUAUUGAUCAAGCAACAGAUGCUGAUAUACUUGGUCGUUCAUGGGCUGGUUUAGAAACAUUUAUGUGA